AUGGCUACCCCCAGUGUUCUCGCUUUUGACGCUGAGGGUCGAGCCAUUGACUUUGAAGUUUGGGUAGAUGACCUGCAGCUUUUCCUACAGUGUGAUAGGGCAGACGGUCUCUCCCUCUUUGACCUCACCUUUGGCGCCUCUCCUGCCCCUGCUGCUGAUGCUGACCCCACUGUUCGCUCCCAGUGGGCCACGCGCGAUGCUGCUGCACGUCUUGCUGUACGUCGCCACCUGCCUACCACUGAGCGCGCGCACUUUAGUCAGUACAAGAGUGCUCAGACCUUGGGUGUUCCCCUUCCCCCCUGUUGCCCUCUGUCGCCUCUGCUGCUGCGGCCGACCUCGUUGGUCUUGAGUCGGUCGGUGCGGCGUGUGCCCCUAACGGGAGACGCCGCUCUGGCAAGGGCAAGGGGGGCAAGGGCGCGGGUGGAGCUAGCGAGGGUGGUGGAGGUGGCGGUGGAGGCGGUGGAGGGAGUGGGGGUGGCGGUGGGAGUGGUGGCGGGGGUGGAGGUGGUGGUGGCACCAGCGGAGGCGGAGGCGGCGGAGGCGGUAGCGGUGGGAGCGGAGGCGGCGGUGGUGGCGGAGGUGGAGGUGGCGGUGGCGGAGGAGGUGGAGCUGGUCGGGGUGGUGCUUCGCAGCGGAGCGGCUCCGGUGCGUCAGCGUGGUGGGGGUUUUGGUCCGUGCACCUACGUCCUUCGCUCCGCCGACCGCGCGGGUGAGCAGUGUGGGGGUGCUCACCCCACCCAGCGCUGCUUUGGCCGCCUGACGGACGCUUGGCGUCAGCAGUUCCCGGAGGCUAGUGAGAUCCCCCGCUGGGGAGAGCUGUCUAGGGCAGGUGUAGCUAUCUUUGAUCUUGACUUUGAUGCUAUCCUUGCUGCCAUGUAUGCUGUGACUAUUAGUGAUGAGGGUGACUGUUACCGGUGUUUCCCGCCCGACCCGGGCAUUGGUAAUGCUGCGCUAGGUGCUAAUAAGGCUACUGCUCUAGGUGCCAUUGCGUCUGCGUCCUUAGGUGCUGGUGAGUCUGCGCUCUCAGGUACCGCGUCGACUUCGGCCUCCCUCACCUUCACACUUGACUCAGGGGCUUCUCGCUCCUUCUUUCGAGACCGCACCACACUCACGCCGCUUGGCCGGCCAGUUGCAGUCUCCCUGGCAGACCCCUCUGGGGGUCCUGUCCUCUCUCACUUCUCCACUGUCCUCCCGUGUCCGGCUGCCCCCUCUUGCACCUUGUCUGGUCUUUACCUCCCCUCGUUCUCGACGAACUUGGUGAGUGGUGCUGACCUGCAGGAUGCGGGGGUUCACCAGUUUACUCCUGCGAGUCAGCGGGUGACCCACUGCUCGGACGCCCGCACGGGCCGGCACCUGGCCACAUUUCGCGUAGCUGCGUCGGAUCCCAACCACUAG